GUUGGGAACUAGAGAAGGACGGGAGGUUACUAGUCCAAGAAUAUCAAACGGUCAACCCCUUACCGGCCCCCACUCACACACACACUUCGUUUCACCACUUUGCCCCUCCCCUUUUGUCACCUCCCCUCCUCUAUUGUGUUUUCUGCGUGUUAUCUCGCACACUCACCAAAAGCAAAGAAACCGUUGUGCCCCUAUUCAACCCUGACCCCACCCACCCACCACCCAAUCUUCAUACAAUUUCACCACUAAACACCACCGCCAUGCCUUAGCUACCAGCCUGCCCACACUAACUUACACUGCCUAGCCGAUUUAUAUCUAUACAUGCUCGCGGUCAUGUCUUCUUCAAAUGAUAAAACUAAUAACAUUCCACCGACUACUUCUUCUGCUACUAAAGACCUCUUUCCUUCCACUUCUCUUUCUCUCACUCUCGGAAUAUAUCGUGAAGAAGAAGAAGAUGAUCGGAAAGAAGAAGGUGUCGGUGGUGCUAAUGCUACGAUGGCGACGACGACGACGGUGACGGAGAUAAGCAGCGAGAAUUCUGGACCGGCGAGGUCACGAUCAGAUGAUGAGUUAUUUGACGCUGAUCCUGACGUUGAUGAUGGAGAUGAUGAUGAUCCUAAUAAUAAAAAUAAAACUAAAAAGAGAAAAAAGUACCACCGCCACACCGCUGAACAAAUUCGUGAAAUGGAAGCGCUAUUUAAGGAGUCACCUCAUCCGGAUGAGAAGCAAAGACAACAGUUGAGCAAGCGGUUAGGCCUUCAUCCCAGACAAGUGAAGUUCUGGUUCCAAAAUCGCCGGACCCAAAUUAAGGCUAUACAAGAGCGCCAUGAAAAUUCGCUGUUAAAAUCAGAAAUGGAUAAAGUACGUGAUGAAAAUAAGCUGUUGAGGGAGACAAUUAAAAAGGGCACUUGUCCUAACUGCGGCUUUGGUAGCUCUAGCAAGGAUGCCGCUGCUAACACUAAUGAACGACAGCUUCAAAUUGAAAAUGCCAAACUUAAAGCUGAGAUUGAGAAGCUGAAGACAUCAAUUGGGAAAUAUCCACAGGGAACAUCACCAAGAAACUCCUCUUCUGCACGAAAUGACCAUGAAAACAGAAGCUCAUUAGAUCUGUGUAGUGGCGUAUUUGGGCUUGAAAAGUCUAGAAUAAUGGAGAUUGUCAAUUUAGCUACCGAAGAGCUUGUAAAGAUGGCUAGUGCUGGGGAACCAUUGUGGAUUCGGAGCUUGGAGACAGGUCGAGAUAUACUUAACUAUGAUAAAUACUUGAAUGAGGUCUCCAUGGAGACUUCAAGCAAUGUUCAACCAAGGAGAAGCAUCGAGGCAUCUAGAGAUCGUGGUGUUGUCUUUGUCGAUCUCCCACGUCUAGUUCAGAGUUUCAUGGAUGUGAAAGAAUUUGAAGAAAUGUUUCCAUGUAUGAUCUCAAAAGCAGCUACUCUUGAUGUUAUCUCCAGUGGGGAGGGUGCCAACAGAAAUGGCGCAGUUCAAUUGAUGUUUGCGGAGUUGCAGAUGCUAACCCCUUUGGUCGCCACAAGAGAAGUGUAUUUCGUGAGAUCUUCCAAGCAAUUGAAUGCUGAUAAGUGGGUCAUUGUGGAUGUAUCAAUUGACAAUGUAGAAAAAAACAUCGAUGCAUCCCUUGCUAGAUGUAGAAAACGUCCAUCUGGCUGUAUCAUUGAGGACAAAUCAAACGGCCACUGUCAGGUGACGUGGAUUGAACAUCUGGAAUGCCAGAAAAGCACCGCUCAUUCUAUGUAUCGUGCAAUCAUCAACAGUGGUCUUGCUUUUGGAGCAAGACAUUGGUUGGCCACAUUGCAGCAACAAUGCGAGCGUCUUGCAUUUUUCCUUGCAACAAAUGUUCCCACGAAGGAUUCUAGUGGAAUUGGUACACUCGCUGGGAGAAAAAGUAUUUUAAAGUUGGCUCAGAGAAUGACGUCGAGUUUUGCUCGAGCGCUAGGAGCAUCAAGCUAUCACACAUGGAAAAAGAUACCAUGUAAGACUGGAGAUGACGUAAGGGUAACUUACAGGAAGAACCUAAAUGAUCCCGGUGAACCUUUGGGGGUUAUACUUUGUGCAGCAGCUUCUAUAUGGUUGCCCAUUUCUCACACUCUUCUUUUUGAUUUCCUAAGGGAUGAAACCCGAAGGAAUGAGUGGGAUAUAUUGUCAAAUGGUGGUCCAGUGCAAUCUAUAGCCAACUUGGCAAAAGGACAAGUUCGGGGAAAUACUGUCUCCAUCCAUACAAUGAAGUCGAAGGAGAAUAUGUGGAUGGUCCAAGAUAGUUGUACAAACGCAUACGAGUCCAUGGUCGUGUGCGCACCAGUGGCUGUGACCAACAUGCAAUCUGUAAUGGCUGGCUGUGACUCUAGCAGCAUUGCUAUAUUACCCUCGGGGUUUUCAAUUCUACCUGAUGGGGUGGAAACAAGGCCUUUAGUGAUCACUUCAAAGGCAGAGGAUCAGAGUUCGGAAGGCGGGUCUUUGCUGACAGUUGGUUUUCAGAUUCUCACAAGUGAUUCCCCCACAUCUCAGCCUAGUGUGGAAUCUGUGGAGUCGGUCAAUACACUUAUCUCAAGCACUCUGCACAAUAUUAAGGUUGCAUUACAGUGUGAAGAUCAGUGAUUACCACAACAUUUUAGAUAAUCAUUAAUAAUUAUGGAGUUUAAGGGGAUCCCAAAUAGUGUUUUUUGCCACCAAAAAACCGACUUUUUCCAAAUAUUUGGUGAAAAAGUCUUCGUACAAGUAAAUAUUUGGCAGGCUUUAUGCUCUCGAAUGACGGGUUAUAAUCUGUCAAGACAAGAUACUAAACUUAAUUGUGAAUUACUCUUUGAUUAUGGUCAACUUAGUCAUAUUUUGUACUUGUUGAUAGAUUAGUUUGUUCUCUCGGAUCUUAACUGUGGCUGAAGAUUCGCAUGUGAAAUUAUCUUUUCAGCUUACUGUUUCAUUGAUGAAAAUAAAAGCUCAUUGUUUUUCA